AUGGCGACAAUUCCCAGCUCAACGUCCCCGUCGGAUACCAAGCUCAUACUUCAUAAAGCUACGGUCAAAGAUAUACCCAUCAUAAAAUCUAUGAUUGAUGCCGCCUAUUCAAAAUACAUUUACCGCAUUGGAAAGCCACCAGCUCCGAUGACAGAGGACUGGGACCAGAUGAUCCGCACGCAUGAAGUCCUCGUCCUGAGAGACAGUGAGCGGAUCGUAGGCUCAAUCACUUUCCACAAGGAUAAACAAACAAACUCGCUCAAAAUCGACAAUGUGGUAGUUGAUCCGACAUCGCAGGGUCGAGGCUAUGGAUAUUAUUUGAUCAAGUUCGCUGAAGAGGAAGCUCGAAAACAGGGGCUGGGCAGUGUAACAUUAUUCACCAAUGUGAAGAUGUUUGAGAAUAUUGGGUUCUAUGCGAAACUGGGGUUUGCGGAAACAGAUCGAAGAAUGGAAGAGGGAUUUGAACGUGUAUAUUUCUAUAAGAUGGUUUGUUGA